CAGCCACCUCCUAUCCCACAUCAUAACUACACUCAUUCUUUCUCCUCCCACUUGAACGGGAGAGUAAAGGUACGGCCGUCGGAUGCUCGGGGGGCACAGGGAAGCAUCGGAUAUCCCGUGUGAUCAUUCAUUUUGAUGGGUUUUCAUGAUUCGCUAGUACGGCUACCGUUCCCGAGCACCACCACGUCUAGUGUGGGCAUCCCUGAAAAAAACACUCGUUUUGUAACAUGCGGUGCUGCACUGCCAGCAGCAGUUCCUCAUGUUUUCAAGGAUACGGAUUUAACAGAAAUAUACUACUAUUAGUCUCACCUGGGAUUUCUGUUUACCCGUCAAAAGCGCAAGUAGCGUAGCUGAGUCCCGCUGUGCAUCAGUUGUAAAGAAAACAUUUUUUUUUUUCACUGUAUCGUUAUUUUAAACAGACGCGACGCUGAUUUUUUUCUCCCUCGACCGCUUCGUAGCCACAAGUGAAGAAAUAACGGGGUAGGGGAUGGCCAAUGUCCAUGAUGAGCGCCAGGUGGUCCGAGAUGGUGGGAUCAGUGGAGCAGGCCAGGACCAGAAUGGUAGUCUCUGGCCAGGUUCGACCCCCAGCCCAAAGGCUCUGGAUGGUUCUUCCCCCAGCGCCGGCACCAUGAGCACCAUCUCCCCCACCGACUUCGACAGCCUGGAGAUCCAGCAGCAGUACAACGACAUCAACAACCGCUGGGACCUGGCCGCCGAGACCGACUGGGACAAUGAGAACAGCUCGGCACGCCUCUUCGAGCGCUCGCGCAUCAAGGCCCUGGCAGACGAGCGUGAGGCCGUGCAGAAGAAGACCUUCACCAAGUGGGUGAACUCUCACCUGGGCCGCGUCACCUGCCGCAUCGGGGACCUGUACACGGACCUGCGCGAUGGACGCAUGCUCAUCCGCCUGCUGGAGGUCCUCUCUGGGGAGCAGCUGCCCAAGCCCACCAAGGGCCGUAUGCGUAUCCACUGCCUGGAGAACGUGGACAAGGCGCUGCAGUUCCUCAAGGAGCAGAAGGUUCACCUGGAGAACAUGGGCUCCCACGACAUCGUCGACGGCAACCACCGCCUCACCCUGGGCCUCAUCUGGACCAUCAUCCUCCGCUUCCAGAUCCAAGACAUCAGCGUGGUGACAGAGGACAACAAGGAGAAGAGGUCUGCCAAAGACGCCCUGCUGCUGUGGUGCCAGAUGAAGACGGCUGGAUACCCUAAUGUCAACGUCCACAACUUCACCACGAGCUGGAGGGACGGCCUGGCGUUCAGUGCCAUCGUGCACAAACACAGAUCUGACCUGAUUGAGUUCGACACCCUGAAGAGGUCGAAUGCCCACCACAACCUCCAGAACGCUUUUAAUGUGGCGGAGAAGGAGCUGGGCCUCACCAAGCUGCUGGACCCAGAAGAUGUGAAUGUGGACCAGCCAGAUGAGAAGUCCAUCAUAACAUAUGUGGCUACCUACUAUCACUACUUCUCCAAGAUGAAGGCUCUGGCCGUGGAGGGAAAGAGGAUCGGCAAGGUGCUGGACUACGCCAUCGAGGCAGACCAGCUGAUCGACAAGUACGAGAGCCUGGCGUCGGAGCUGCUGCAGUGGAUCCAGCAGACCAUCCACACGCUCAACGACCGGCAGCUGGCCAACUCCCUCAACGGGGUGCAGAACCAGCUGCAGGCCUUCAACUCCUACCGCACCGUGGAGAAACCGCCCAAGUUCACAGAGAAGGGAAACCUGGAGGUUCUGCUCUUCACCAUCCAGAGCAAGAUGAGAGCCAACAACCAGAAGGUGUACAUGCCCCGCGAGGGGAAGCUCAUCUCUGACAUCAACAAGGCGUGGGAGCGUCUGGAGAAGGCGGAGCAUGAGCGUGAGCUGGCGCUGAGGAACGAGCUAAUUCGCCAGGAGAAGCUGGAGAUGCUGGCGGCUCGUUUUGACCGCAAGGCCGCCAUGAGAGAGACCUGGCUCAGCGAGAACCAGAGGCUGGUGUCCCAGGACAACUUUGGCACGGACCUAGGCGCAGUGGAGGCGGCCACACGGAAGCACGAGGCCAUCGAGACGGACAUCGGGGCGUAUGGGGAGCGCGUGGCGGCGGUGGAGGCGGUGGCCCGGGAGCUGGAGGCGGAGAGCUACCACGACGUGCGGCGCGUGGCGGCCCGGCGCGACAACGUGCUGCGGCUCUGGGAGUACCUGAAGGAGCUGCUGGCGGCGCGCCGCGAGCGCCUCCACGCCCACCGGGACCUGCAGCGCCUCCUGCAGGAGAUGCGCUACAUCAUGGACUGGAUGGGAGACAUGAAGGGACGGCUGCAGUCCCAGGACAGCGGGAAGCAUCUGCAUGACGUGCUGGACCUGCUCCAGACCCACACCCUGGUGGAGGCCGACAUCUCCGCCCAGGCCGAGAGGAUCAAAGGAGUGCAGGCGGCCGCCCAGCGCUUCACCUCCCAGGACCAGCCCUACAAGCCGUGUGAGCCGGCGCUGGUGGUGGAGCGGGUGGACCUGCUGGGCCGGGCCUACGGGGAGCUGGGCCAGCUGGCGGUGGAGCGCCGCGACCGCCUGGAGGACUCGCGGCGCCUCUGGCAGUUCCUGUGGGAGCUGGGCGAGGAGGGCGCCUGGAUCCGGGAGCAGGAGCAGAUCCUGGCGGCGGCGGACUGCGGCCGUGACCUGACGUCGGCGCUGCACCUGCUCAGCAAGCACGAGGCCUUCCGGGACGAGAUGGCGGCGCGCUACGGGCCCCUGGGGACCAGCAUCGCGGCCGGAGAGGCCCUGGUGCAGGAGGGCCACGUGGGGGCCCCGGAGGUCACGGAGAGGAUCAGGGACAUCAGGGAGCAGUGGGCGCACCUGGAGGAGACCUCCCUGCUGAGGGAGCAGAGCCUGAAGGAGGCGGUGGCGCUGCAGCAGUUCCAGACGGACGCCAGCGACAUGGAGGCGUGGCUGGGGGACACCCUGCGGCAGGUGUCCAGCCAGGAGGUGGGCCACGACGAGUUCUCCACCCAGACGCUGGCCCGCAAGCAGCGCGAGGUGGAGGAGGAGAUCCAGAGCCACCGGCCCGUCAUCGACUCCCUCCAGGAGCAGGUGCUGGCGCUGCCCGAGGCCUACGCCCACGACCCCCAGGUGGACGGCCGCGUGCCCAGCAUCGAGCGGCGCUUCGCGGAGCUGGAGUCGCUGUCGGCGGCGCGGCGGCAGGCCCUGGAGGGGGCGCUGGCGCUCUACCGCAUGUUCAGCGAGUCGGGAGCCUGCCUGCAGUGGGUGGAGGAGAAGGAGCAGUGGCUCCACAGCAUGGCCAUCCCCACCAAGCUGGAGGACCUGGAGGUGGUGCAGCAGAGGUUUGAGACGCUGGAGCCAGAGAUGAACAACCUGGGUCUGCGGGUGACCGACGUGAACCAGGUGAACCAGCAGCUGCUGGGCUCAGAGAACCGGGACAAGGAGCAGAUCAACAGGACCCAAGAACAGCUCAACGACAGGUGGAAGGAGUUCCAGCAGCUGGCGGACCAGAAGAAGCUGGCGCUGGAGUCGGCCCUCAACAUCCAGAACUACCACCUGGAGUGCAACGAGAUCCAGAGCUGGAUGAAGGAGAAGACCAAGGUGAUCGAGUCCACCCAGAGCCUGGGCAACGACCUGGCCGGGGUGAUGGCCCUGCAACGCAAGCUCACCGGCAUGGAGCGAGACCUGGAGGCCAUUCAGGGCAAGCUGAACGACCUGCGGACGGAGGCGGAGAAGCUGGCGGAGGAGCACCCGGACCAGGCGGAGGAGAUCCAGGCGCGCCUGGCGGGCAUCCAGGAGGUGUGGGAGGAGCUGAACGCCACCAUGAAGCUGCGCGAGGAGUCCCUGGGCGAGGCCAGCAAGCUGCAGGGCUUCCUGCGCGACCUGGACGACUUCCAGUCCUGGCUGUCGCGCACGCAGACGGCGGUGGCCUCGGAGGACAUCCCCACCUCGCUGGUCGAGUCGGAGAGCCUGCUGGCGCAGCACGAGAGCAUCAAGAACGAGGUGGACAACUACAAGGAGGACUACGAGAAGAUGCGCGACGUGGGCGAGGAGGUGACCCGCGGACAGACGGACGCCCAGUACAUGUUCCUGGCCCAGAGGCUGCAGGCGCUGGACACGGGCUGGCACGAGCUGAGACGCAUGUGGGAGAACCGCCAGAGCCUCCUGGCCCAGGCCUUCGACUUCCAGACGUUCCUGAGGGACGCCAAGCAGGCCGAGGCCUUCCUCAACAGCCAGGAGUACGUGCUGUCCCACACGGAGAUGCCCAGCAGCCUGCAGGGGGCGGAGGACGCCAUCAAGAAGCACGAGGACUUCCUGACCACCAUGGAGGCCAGCGAGGAGAAGAUCAGCGGCGUGGUGGAGUCGGGCCACCGCCUCAUCACCGACGGCAACGCCACCGCCGACAAGAUCCAGGAGAAGGCCGACUCCAUCCAGGAGAGACAACAGAAGAACAAGCAGGCGGCCAACGAGCUGCUGGCUAAGCUGAAGGACAACCGAGAACUCCAGCACUUCCUGCAAGACGGACAAGAGCUGAAGCUGUGGAUCAACGAGAAGAUGCUGACGGCCCAGGACAUGUCGUACGACGAGGCCCGCAACCUGCACAGCAAGUGGCAGAAGCACCAGGCCUUCAUGGCCGAGCUGGCCUCCAACAAGGACUGGCUCGACAAGAUCGACAAGGAGGGCCAGGCGCUGGUGGAGGAGAAGCCGGAGCUGCAGCCGGUGGUGCAGCAGACCCUGGUGGACCUGCAGGGUCAGUGGGAGGAGCUGGAGGCCACCACAAAGACCAAGGCCCAGUGCCUGUUUGACGCCAACCGCGCCGAGCUCUUCACCCAAAGCUGCUCGGCGCUGGACGGCUGGCUGAAGAACCUGGAGGGCAAGCUGCAGAGCGACGACUACGGCAAGGACCUGACCAGCGUCAACAUCCUGCUGAAGAAGCACCAGAUGCUGGAGCACCAGAUGGACGUGCGGGAGAAGGAGGUGCAGGCGCUGCAGUCCCAGGCCCAGGCCCUGACCCAGGAGGACGCCGGGCUGGCCGAGGUGGACGGCCAGCAGAGGCAGCUCACCGACAGCUACUCCCAGCUGCAGGCGCCCCUGCAGGCCCGGAGGCAGCAGCUGCUGGCCUCCAAGGAGGCGCACCAGUUCAACCGGGACCUGGAGGACGAGAUCCUGUGGAUGAAGGAGAGGAUGCCCCUGGCCACCUCUACGGACCACGGGAAAGACCUGCCGACCGUGCAGCUGCUGAUCAAGAAGAACCAGACGCUGCAGAAGGAGAUCCAGGGCCACCAGCCGCGCAUCGACGACAUCCAGCGGCGCAGCCAGGCCCAGAGCCAGGUGGACGGGGCGCGGCAGGCCGCCCUGGAGGGCCGCCUGGGGGAGAUGAGGGAGCUGUGGGCGCAGCUCAUCGCCGAGACGGACCGGCGCCACGACCGCCUGGCCGAGGCCAACCGCGCCCAGCAGUUCUACGCCGACGCCGCCGAGGCCGAGGCCUGGAUGGGCGAGCAGGAGCUGCACAUGAUGUCGGAGGAGAAGGCCAAGGACGAGCAGAGUGCCCUGGUGAUGGUGAAGAAGCACCAGACCCUGGAGCAGGCCCUGGAGGACUACGCCCAGACCAUCCACCAGCUGGCCAACAGCAGCCGCCUCAUGGUCACCAGCGAGCACCCCGAGAGCGAGCGGAUCACGCUACGGCAGGCCCAGGUGGACAAGCUGUACGCGGGCCUGAAGGACCUGGCGGAGGAGCGGCAGGGCCGCCUGCGGGACCGGCUGCGGCUCACCCAGCUGAAGAGGGAGGUGGACGACCUGGAGCAGUGGGUGGCCGAGAGGGAGGUGGUGGCCGGCUCCCACGAGCUGGGCCAGGACUACGAGCACGUCACCAUGCUGCGGGACAAGUUCCGGGAGUUUGCCCGGGACACCAGCACCAUCGGCCAGGAGCGCGUGGACAGCGUCAACGGCCAGGCGGACGAGCUGAUCGAGUCGGGCCACCCGGAGAACGCCAGCGUGGCCGAGUGGAAGGACGGCAUGAACGAGGCCUGGGCCGACCUGCUGGAGCUCAUCGACACGCGCACCCAGAUGCUGGCCGCCUCCUACGAGCUGCACCGCUUCCACCAGGACGCCGGCGAGGUGCUGGGCCGCAUGCAGGAGAAGAGGCAGGCGCUGCCCGCCGAGCUGGGCCGCGACCUCAACACGGUGCAGCACCUGCACCGCCAGCACACGGCGCUGGAGAACGACAUCCAGGCGCUCAGCGGACAGGUGAACCAGGUGCAGGACGACGCGGCGCGGCUCCAGAAGGCGUACGCCGGGGAGAAGGCGGAGGACAUCCAGAAGAGCGAGCACGCCGUCACGGCUGCCUGGGAGGGGCUGCAGGAGGCGGGCCAGGCGCGCCGGCACCUCCUGCUGGACACGGUGGAGAAGUUCAGGUUCUUCAACAUGGUGCGCGACCUCAUGCUCUGGAUGGACGGGGUGCACCUGCAGAUGGACGCCCACGACAGCCCCAGAGACGUGUCGUCGGCAGGGCUGGUCAUCCUCAACCACCAGGACAUCAAGUCAGAGAUUGAGACCCGGGCGGAGAACUUCACCGCCUGCAACGAGAUGGGCCACACCCUCAUCAACAACAACCACUACGCCUCCGACGAGAUCCGAGAAAAGCUGUCUCAGCUGCAGGAGAAGAGGGAGAUGAUCAACAAGAAGUGGCAGGACAAGAUGGACCACCUGCAGAUCGUGCUGGAGGUGCUGCAGUUCGGCCGGGACGCGUGCGUUGCCGAGUCGUGGCUGGCGGGCCAGGAGCCGCUGGUGCGCGCCGCCGAGCUGGGCGCCAACGUGGACGAGGUGGAGAGCCUCAUCAAACGCCACGAGGAGUUUGAGAAGCUGGCCGCGGGCUGGGAGGACCGCUUCGUCCUGCUGGAGAAACUCACCACGCUGGAGGAGCAGGACCGCCAGAAGAGGCUGGAGGAGGAGGAGCGAGCGAGGAGGCCGCCCACGCCCGCCCCCACGGAGGAGGCCGCCCAAUCAGAGGCUGAGAGCCAGCUCCACGAAUCAGCAGCCAGGACCAGCCUAGACCAGACCACUCUGAACCAGUCUAUUUCGGUUAACGGAGUACACAGCGACAAUGACACUUCACAGCUCUCGUUAUCGCUCUCGUUAUCAGCUGGAAAGAAAUCAGAGGCUAAGCGUGUGUUUAGACCCAAGCAGACGGAGCGUGGAUCCGAGACGGACUCGAUCAACGGCCCGGGACGGGACAGCGGGCUGGCGUCGUCCCGCCUCGACCCGUCCGCCACGCUGCCCAGCAGGGGGGCCGCCGGGUCGGAGCCGGAGGCCCAGGAGGGCAUCCUCUGUCGCAAGCACGAGAUGGAGACGCACAGCAAGAAGGCCGCCAACAGGUCGUGGCAGAACGUGUACUGUGUGCUGAGGAAGGGGAGCCUGGGCUUCUAUAAGGACAACAAGAGCGCCAGCAACGGCAUCCCCUACCACGGGGAGGUGCCCAUCAGCCUGGGGGAGGCAGUGUGUGAGGUGGCCAACGACUACAAGAAGAGGAAACACGUCUUCAAGCUACGGCUUGGAGACGGAAAGGAGUUCCUGUUCCAGGCUAAGGAUGAGGCGGAGAUGAGUGCCUGGAUCAGCAGCAUCCACAGCACCAUCCCCGCCGUGGGCCCCGGGGACUCUCCCGUGGGGCCCCGGAACAUCAGCCGAGCCAUGACCAUGCCCCCCAUCUCGCCCAGCGCCGGAGGGGGGGACGCCGCCGCCGCCGCCGCCGCCACCGUCACCAUGCGCAACAAAGACGGCAAGGAGAAGGACCGCGAGAAGAGGUUCAGCUUCUUCGGCAAGAAGAAAUAGAAAAUGAUUGGGGAAAGAUUCUGAGAAGAAAUCGAAGAUUCAGAAGAUUGAGGAUGGAGGUGGAAAAAAAAAACAUUGAUGGAUAUACAAUGAUUGUCAACUUUUCAGCCGAGCUUAUUCAAGGGCGGAAAGGAAAGCACCCUCAUCUUACACACACACACACACUCACGCACGCACACUCACACUCACACACACACACACACCGUUCCCCCAGUGCUGUUCCAGAGGAGAAGAUGGAGGACAGUGUUGUGUCUUACAUGGACCCUUCUUUCUUUCUUUGUUGUUCCGUUUCAUCAUUCCUGCUUUUAGCAUUUGAUCCCACAUUCUCCCGCAGCCAACAGACCAGUCAGUUCAUUGGCUAUCCGCAACAUGUUAGCGCCGGUUAUACACAAAAGGUUGUGUCGUGAUUGAGAUGUUAGUUCCAUUUCCGUUUCCAAGGUGAUUCCAAGUCGAAUUCCGCUUCCAGGACCGGACAAUGAUUGUUUUAGUUUCAUCCUGGAUCCUAGUUUUAGUUCCUUCUGAUGCUGUGUCACUAACAUCACAACAUGGAUGGCUGAAGUGCAGACGCGUUCAAGUCUUCUCCCGUUUCUCUCUCUCUCUCCCCUCCAUCUCUCUGAACGGACAUCUUCUGCUCUCUCUCUCUCUCUCUCUCCAUCUCUCUGGAAGGAUAUCUCACUCUCCCCCUCUCUCUCGGGAAGGAAUUCUCGCUGUCACGGGAAGGACAUUACUUUGUUUCUCUUUUGCUUUUGGUGUUGAUGUUAUUAACAUGACCAAAUAUAUUGCUAUUAUUGUUAUUGUUAUUAUUAUUUAUCUUCUGGCAAUGCAGGUUGGAGCAAGAGAAGCUAUUAACUAUGAGAGUAAUGGGUGACCUUGAUUCAUGUUGUGAAAAAUAAUAAUUUGGUUUAACUAGUGGAGAAUGUUGGGCUUGCUUCUGUAUUCUUGUUUUUUUAUUUUUUAGGAAUGACAGUUGAUUGAGGUGCUUUUUUUUUGAGACACAAAAAUAAAGCUCAACACAUUUUAGCCGUGUGCAGUAAGUGAUCGCGAGUUUCAACAUUGGGGAAAUAUUAUAUAUAUUUAAAGUGGUUUCAUUUUAAUUAUUUGGUUCUUUCUUUCGUUUUGCUUGUACUGGAUUAUUUCCUUGGAGUGAUCUCCCGCCUGCUCGGUGUUAUACUUUCUUGUGGAUGUAUAAAGCAGAGGAGAUUAGUUUUCUAGUCGUUGUGUGUGAGACUUGUGGUGGUUUGGAUUUUGCACGUUUGUUAUUCCUGAUCAAGAGAUCUAAUUCGCUGCCCUCCUGCCCUACACGCCAUGCACACAGCAGACCGACACACAGCAGACCGACACACACGCAUCUCGGACGUCUCCAAAAACCGGCUUUUUUGUUUUUUUAUACAUUUUUUCCACAAUUGUAUUACCAUUAUAAUUAUAAUGAUCAUAAUUAUUAUUUAGAAGCUGUUAUUACCAGUGCACCACACAUUGCGUCAGAACCGUUCCCAGUCUAUGAGUUUCUCCAAUUUAUUAUAAUUUAUAAUAGUGAUUAAAGUGGGGGGGGGGGGGGGGCCCGGGGGGCCGAGGGACCCCAGCUGGAAGCCAGCGGCGUGCCCCCCGGCAGGAGGGACCAGGCGACGGCGUGGUGGGGGCCACCGGCCGGACCGUGAGGAGUGUCAUAGUGAAGAACGUUCCUUAAUGCUCCUGGACGGAGGCGGGGGCCAGAGCCUAACCAAAACCCAACGGUUCCUUCACAGCUCCAGGCUGUGAACAUAACAAGAAUGUUUUGAUAACGUACGACUUAAUGUUUGUCGGCAGGCCAUCCCAAAGCCUCAUUUUAUGAAGGAGGUUUUGAAUUUGAUAAGAAAAACCCUUCGGUUUCGCAGACGGGGGUUUCUAAGGAGUCCUAAAUUAUAUUUAGAUGUGCUCUUGCAUUAUGUGGCAUGAAUUUGCGUAGGUUUAUACUUGUACCAAUUGUUCCGUCGUGGUUUUGCCGUUCCCGCUCUCUGUCCCCCUGUCUGUCUGCGGAGAUGAGUGUCUAUGUACCGGUUUCACCCUCGUCCAUUUCAGAACCAACAUGUAGAAGCGGCGGUCGUCCACUGAUCAGGGACUGUAGAGAGAACACUUCUCAAAGCAGGGUUGAAUGGGAAGGAAUACCAUUUAGUCUAACACAGUGGUGGCACAGGCCUGCCCAUGGGAACAUUAGAGAUGCUCGUGAAUGGACAUCUACGGCAUUGUUGGUAAAACCUUCACUUCAAAAUGUGGUUUUUGUACUUGUAAAAUAAAGUAUGUAUAGUGAAUUAAAGUGUACUACUGAAUGAUUGAAAUCCCAGGUCAUCAGUAAGCGAUGACUAUGGGAUUUGAGGGUUCUUUUGAAAUCCAUUUUGAUUAUAGUAUUUCCACUCCCAACCAAGUCAAGCCUGGAUAUAAUACCAGAUCUUGGUUCCACCAAGACAACUCACUUAAUUUAAUUUCCAAUGAAUCCCAACCAAAAUGAUAGACACAACCCGAUAUUUUGUCUCUGAUGAAGUGAACUGCCUUCAGUUGAUCCCUGGAACAAUGUUAAUGCCUUACCUGGCGCUUUCUGUCUCUUGUGAGAGGAAACUCCUGGUUGACUUCUGAAUGCUGGAUGAAGAUAUGUGAUCAAUGUGUUUAUUAUUGGGGGGAAAAGAGCUACUGAGCUGGGGGCAUAUACCAUAACCAGUGAUUAUGGUCUCACACGGAGGCUUCUGAAAUCCAAGUGAAUUUAGUUAAUGUCUAUAAAGUAUUUUCUUAUCGCUUGAUUUGAAUGUUAAUCGUUAUGGUUCCAAAAUUGGUCAGGUAAAGCGAAAAAAGAAGAAAAAAACCCUUGUUAUUCCUGGUAUUUAUACACACUCGCACUGUUUCUCCCAUCUCUUUAAUUUCACAUCACACAUACACCCUGGCAAUCCACUCUCAUCUUAAAAUGUUCUUGGCUAUAACUGGAAUCAGACUAUGAAUGCUGUUAAAAUAACAAUGUAUCACCACCUUUGACCACUCACCUCAUCAAGAAAGCAUUUUGCAAUCGAGGUCAUAGGGAUGGAUGCUAAGAUUAAGUUGUCUCGUUAAAGAGUUCUUGUAACAGUAAUAUACAAGAAAAAAAUGAUUGUUUUACUUGAUAAGUAUUUUAAGUGAGCGAUAAAAAGAUUGGCGCCAAUUUGAGCUUCCUUUUUGAAGAAGACAGGAAACGCUGUCUAGAAAGAGCUUGUAUUUUAUCAUUCAGUGGUCUGUCUUGCAGCAUUCAAUAAGCCUAUACAACCGACCUGCAUUUUCUGAUUUACUUUGACGAAUGUCUGUUCCUUCCUCUGUGAGUAUUUCAGAGUUGUUAAUACCACUACUAUUAUUAAUUACUAUUAUCAUUAUUGCUACUGUUAUUACUACUACUACUGUUACUAAUGCAACGUACUGCAUCUAUAACUGCUGUCCAUUUUCAGGUACGAGUCUGUAACUCCAGACCCUUCCACACGAUGUCAGUGUGCUGUGGAGCAUUUUCAUGACAGAUCGACAAAUGUUUGUUGACUUGUGUAUCUACAUCUAAUAUUAGGAAUAAUAAAAUGGUUUAUUCAAAACAA